AUGGAGCAGCAGCAGCAGUCAUCCGCGGCGGCGGCCCCACCGCCAGUACCGGAAGGGCUAGCCGCUGCGACGGCCAUGGCUGCGCCGCCCGACCUUUCAGCCCCCCCUUCCGGGGCCGAGAGCCCACUCCUCACACCCAAUGGCACCGGGCCGCGCCCUGCCGCCCACCUGACGGACGACAUCGUGGAGGAUGGAUUCAUCCUCAUGGACCGGGAAUAUAACCUGGAUCCGGAUCACACGCUUGGCUUGCCGCGGUCAUCCGUGGCCACGCACGAUCCCCGGCUGCCGGAUGACAGCCUCAGCCCCGGGAGCGGCUUCGAUGAUGAGCCGGAGGCUCCAUACUCGGAGUCGAUGCUGAGCCUGCACACGUCCCCUCGGGGAUGGGGUCUAAGCCCGGCGCGCUCGCGCUCCGGCUCCUCGGCCCUGCGAUCUGGCUCCAGCCGCGCUCCGAGCGGCGACUCGCCGGCUCUCAGCGAAAUCUCCUCGCGUCUGUCAAGUCAGCUGUCCCUUCAGUCUGCCGGCGAGCGGGCCGGCUCGCCGGGCUUCCUCUCCAUCAGUCCGUCAUCCGAUGUGCUUGGCUCAGCCGGCCCCCCCGGGGGCCUGUCCAGCUCGAGCUUCCCCUCCCCGCCAGCGGAGGAGUCAUUCCCACGCGACCUCUUCCGCACCAACCCCGAGCCGAAUGAUAUGCUGUCCACCAGCACGGUCCUCGGGUCUUCGCCUCCGAGGCCGACCAAUCCCUUUGUGACCCAGACCCCAGGGCCCGGGAGUUCGGGCGCCAGCACCAGUGCCGGCAUCGGCACCGGCACCGGCACCGGUACCGGUCGUCUGGCCGAGCCCGAUGCCUCUACUCUCCACCUGACCAACGCCCACCCGUAUGCCGGCCAGCAGCAUCAUGCCUACCACAGUCACCAUCAAAGUCCGCACCAUCUCCUUCAUGACAACCAUCUGCCCCCCGCCGCGUGUUCGAGCACCGGCGGCGAGCGCCCGGCUGCCGUUGGGCCACAAUGCCGGUUGCCGGAACGCAAGCACCAGCACACCCAGCUGGCCGAAGCCAUCUUCUACCGGCACCUGAUGCGCAGCCCGACCAGCUUCGACGGCCCGUAUCUCCUGCCGGGCGAGUAUCUCAUCGUCCAGCUCCAUUCGGUCAUUUUCCAGAACCUCAACCAGCAAAUCACCCAGGUGGGCAAGCUGUAUGUCUCCUCGGUGCAUCUCUUCUUCGCGGAUGCCGAGUCCGACACCCGCCAGCAGCUGAUCCACUCGGCCCUGGACCCGAUGCACUUCCCCAACCGCCGGACCUUCGAGGCUACUCGGGCCAUCCUGAUCAACCGCAGCAUGCGGCGCAUUCCGCAUGCGCUGAUUCGCUUUGUGUCGGAUCAGGGGGAGAUCCGGCUGGUGGACUCGCGGCGCUUUUUCAUCAUGUCCCACGGGAAUGACUGGAUCCUCCAGUACCUGCGCAAGAUGGCCUUCAACCAAGCCGGCACGCGGCCGGCUCUGGCCCAAAUGCCGGCGACCGGCGUCGGUGCCGCCGCCGGGGGGUCUCUCGGUGGUGGUCCGGGAAGCAGCUCGUCCCUCGGUGGUGGUGGUGGUAGUGGCGGCAGCGGCACGCCCGCCGGCACCGGUCCCGGCGGUGUGUGGGCCCGCGGAGCCGGCAGUCCCCACAUGAUGGCGGAUGUCCCGGGGUCCGGGCCUGGCGCGGGUGCACCUCUCGGCGGGGAGGGGUCUGGCGGCUGCGCCUCCGGCGGCAUGUCCCUCGGAUCGCCGCAGUUCGCCCAAGAUCCGGCCCCAGGGUCGGAGUACUGCUUUGUCGAGCUGCCUGGAGCCCUGCCCGCCCUGGCAACGGGCACCCUGCCAGGUGGACGCGAUGUCCUGGCCCACCGGAGCUCUCUGCAUUUCGAGCAGGAUGCCUUCAACUUCGACCUGCGAUUUGCCUACCUCUACUGUCGGAUGGGCAUCCUCCGGUAUUGGGAGCAGGUGGCCUCGCCGGGGCCCUUCCUGGGCAGUGGUGGAAUUGGUGGCCCCGGAUCCGGAGGUCCCGGAGCCGCGGCUGCCUGCUCGGUCCCGGCGCCGCAUCCCGGCCAGAACAAUCACCUCCUGGGGGUGGACUUGGCUGGGCCGGCGGGCGGGUCGGCCGCGACUGCGGCGGCUCCCCCCGGGGCCGACCCCGACCGGCCGGGGCUGGUCACCUACAUGUCGGUGACCACCACGCGCGAGGCCCUGCUGGUGGCCAGCUUCAGCAGUUGCUGGUCGCCGGAUGUGGCCGAAGCGUCGGACUACCGGUGCACGGCCUGCAUGCACCGGCCCUGCUCGGGCUGCAUGCGUGAUUUGCUGGAGGAGCACCCGGACCUGGGGGACCGGCAUCCGGCGGUCCUGGACCAGAUUUACGACUUCCAAGAUCCGCCGCUGGAGCUCCUGGAAUCGGUGGACGCCCCGAGCAGUGACCCUUGGCGCGGGGCCCCCGGCGACUAUGGCUGGCGCCUGUACAAUCCCCAGCGCGAGCUAAAUCGCUUGCUCUCGCGCGUGCCGCCGCACGCCAACAAUCGCUUUGCCCUGCAUAGCAUCGAGUAUGCGGCUCUCGAGCCGGCUGCCCCGACUGCGACGGAGGCCGGUGCCAAUGGGGCGCCCGACACCACCACCACCACCACCCCCGGCAUGCUGGCCGGUCCGGGAGGGAUAUCGGCUUCCAUCGGGGGCUCCUCCUCCUCGGGCGGCGCCUCCUCCUCCUUGUCUUCGCCUUCCUUCGCUUCCUCGGCCGGCUCCUCUGCCUCUUCUUCCUCCUCUGCCGGUGGCCCGAUUGUGCUCGCCGCGCCGGGGUCAGCCCCGGCAGACUGCCUUGACCCGAAGGUUUCGGCAUCGGACUCGCAGCUGCUGGCCGCGGCGGAGACCUCCUUCCAGCAGCCCCACUCGGCCGACUGUCGUGUGUCCCUGUGUGACACGUACCCUCCGCGUGUGGUGUUGCCGUCCUUCGUGCCGACUGGGCCGCACUUCACGCCAACCGCCGCGGCCGGCCGGGGCAGUCGACUGACCGGCGACCAGGCGGUCACCUUCGGCGGGUUUGUCUUCAGCCCGGCAGCCUUGGCGGCGGGUGCCAGCACGGCGGCCGGCUCGGGGGCCGGUUCGGCGGCCUCCGGGUCCAGUGCUCCCGGCACCCCUGGGGGCCCUCCCUCGAAUGCCCCCUCGCCGGCUUUCCAUUCGCCGGGGAAUCCGUCCGGCCUGCCGGAAUUGGCGUCCGUGGCAACGAUGGCCCGUUCGGCGGCGCAAUUCCGCUCGCGUGGUCGCCUGCCCGUGGUCACCUGGGUGUCGCCAGCCGGUGUGGCCCUGGCCCGAGCGUCGCAGCCGAUGUCCGGGAUGUUUGCGUCGCGCAGUGUCGGCGACGAGGCUCUCUGCUCGGCGCUGGUAGAUGCGGCGGCUGUGGCGCAGGCCGACCGGCGGGCCGCCUGGCCACAGGAAUUCGGCCCCGUGCGGUUGGUGGUUGGCCCGGCCCCGGGCCGGGUGCUGGACUUUGACAAUUCGGACUUCGCCCCGUCGUCGCACUCAUCGGCGGCCAACAUCCUGCGUGGGGCGCUGGCGUCAUUGACCUCGUCGGCCGGAUCGGCCACCGGGGCCGGGUCGGCUGCCGGGCGCGGCUCGGCCUCCACACAGGCCGCCAAGCGGGUGGUCUACUCGCCGCAUGGGCGCCUACCACAGGCAUCGGUAGAGCCGCCCUUCGGGGAAGCGGGCGUGCGCGCGAUCCCCGGAGAUUCGACAGCGGCGGCUGCCGCAACGGCCGCCACCGCCAUGGCGGCGGCCACGGUGGCCGAGACGGCGGUCGUGCCGGCGACUCCCAUCCCCGGGCUCUUCAUUUUGGACGCGCGGCCGAUGUUGACCAUGUACUUCCAUCGUGCCAAGGGCUUUGGAGCCGAGUCACCGCAGUACUACGGCGCGGAUGUGGUCUUCGGGGGCAUUGGCAAUGUGCAGGUAGUGGCCGGCGCAUACCGGCAAAUGCGCCUGGCGGCCUUGCAAAAGGCCCCCACCUUUGAGCAGGUCCUGUCGGCGGCCGAGCCGUGGCUGGCUCUGAUGGCGCGGAUCCUGGCCUCGGCUCACCAGGUCCAGCGGCGGAUUCUGCGCGGCCGGUCGACCCUGGUCCAUUGCUCGGACGGGUGGGACCGGACGCCGCAGGUUUCCUCAUUGGCCACCCUGUCGAUGGAUGGCUUCCACCGGACGUUGGAGGGGUUCGCGGUGCUGGUCGAGCGCGAGUGGGCCUGGCACGGGCAUCAAUUUGAGCUGCGCAAUGGCCAUGCCAAUGAGGGCGCCUACACGGAUGCCGAAUGUGCCCCGAUCUUCCUGCAGUGGCUGGACGCGGUGUUCCAGUUGGUCCGGUGCUAUCCCGAUCGGUUUGAGUUCACCGAGCGUGCGCUGCUGGCCAUCGAGCGGGAGAUUUACGCCUGCCGGACGGGGACCUUCCGCCAGGACAACCUCCGGCAGCGCUUCUGCCUGAGUCCCUUCUCGGCGUCGGUGUCCGGAAGCGAGGCCGACGGCAAGUCGAAUGCCGACCAGGCUGCUGGUGGCUGUGGCGUUGGGGGCUUUGCGGCCGGCAGCGGGGGCAGUGGCGCCGGCGACUCGACCGCCCAUUCUCAGAAGGCCGAUCCGAUGGCCCGGCUGGACCCGGCGCAUGGGGCCUGUUGCAGCCGGGCGCGGGAGCUCUCGCGCCAGUCGUCGCAGCUGAUGGCCGACUCGGAAACCGGCAUGCCCGGGCGCUCCCUCAGCGUGUGGACCCUGCUGGUGGAUGCGGUGCGAGCGGGCUAUGGCGGGCCGCAUGCCUUCCUGAAUCCGCGAUUCCGGUCAGAUCGGGAGCUGGUCCCCGAGGCCGAGCCGCUGGACCUCGGUGUGCUGGCCCACCCGCGAGCCUUGGGCAUUUGGCAGGCGGUGCACUUGCGACACUCGCCCCUGCGUAAGGAGCCCUCAACCGGGGAAUUGGAUGGCAUGUUGAAGCGCGCUCGGAAUGUCCCCCGGCUGCUGAUGGAUUCCAUGCACCUGGAUGAGCGGGACGAUCUGUAUGAGUAUCUGGUUAGCCAGUUUUUCCUGCCCCCGCCUUCCUGA